GUAAACACUAUCUCCAUCAUGGAAAUCUGUGGAGUGUGGACCCACUUUAAUAGUAACCAGUGUAAUAUACCAGAACAAUGCUCACACCCGUUAAUUUGACCAACUCUAAUAUUUUAAUUCUCCUCCUCAUGGCAUGAAUAUUUGUUGUUUUAUUUGUGCUCCUUAUCAUCACUCUUAAUUCAAACAUUCCUUUGCAGUUCAAUUGUUCUACUUGAGAUUGUAGGAACCUUUAAAUUCGAUUUACACAAGGAAAAUGCGAAUUAGAUGGAUACAACUUAGAUUUAUCAUUUGGAUUCUUUGCACAAAUCUCGUGGCAUCAGCUGCAAUCUCGAAUGAAGAUUCUACAGAACCCUCUGCUAAAGAUAUAAUAACUUCUGGUGCUGAUGAAGCUGUCACCAUUGCCUCAAAUGCAACAACAGUAACCUUAGAAUCAACAACAGCUGUUUCAACUUCAGACACCAGCAGUAGUCCUUCAGCAAUAUUCACGACUAAAAGCAGUAGUCCUUCAACCACAUUUCCUGCCACAAGCACAAGUUCGACAACUGCUACAAAAUCGACAACAUCUGCUGCUUCAUCCUCAGGCACAACAACAUCCCCAACUUCAUCUUCAGGCACAACAACGUCCCCAACGUCUUCUUCAGGCACAACAACAUCCUCAACAUCAUCUUCAAGCACAACAACAUCCCCAACUUCAUAUUCAGGCACAACAACAUCCUCAACUUCAUCUUCAAGCACAACAACAUCCUCAACUUCAUCUUCAGGCACAACAACAUCCUCAACUUCAUCUUCAAGCACAACAACAUCCCCAAGUUCAUCUUCAGGCACAACAACAUCCUCAACUUCAUCUUCAAGCACAACAACAUCCUCAACUUCAUCUUCAGGCACAGAAACAUCCUCAACUUCAUCUUCAGGCACAAAAACAUCCCCAAGUUCAUCUUCAGGCACAACAACAUCCUCAACUUCAUCUUCAGGCACAAAAACAUCCCCAAGUUCAUCUUCAGGCACAACAACAUCCUCAACUUCAUCUUCAGGCACAACAACAUCCUCAGCUUCAUCUUCAGGCACAACAACAUCCUCAACUUCAUCUUCGAGCACACCGAUAUCCCCGACCUCAUCUUCAGAUACAACAACAUCCUCAACUUCAUCUUCAGGCACAACAACAUCCUCAACUUCAUCUUCAAGCACCACCCCAAGUCUCUCCUCCAGCACCCCUUUUUCAACCACGUCCAAAACUAGCACAAGUUCCGAAUCCAGUCCUUCUAUAUCCUCCACCGAAGAACCCGAAAAAUGCUCCAUAUCUGGAAAAGUCCCCUGUCCUGGUUACCCUGAAGAGUGUGUGUCAGAGGACUGGUUUUGUGAUUUCGUGGACGAUUGUCCGGAAGGAACUGACGAAUCGAGUUGUGACGGAAAUACUGGGUACAACCACAGCAGAAGUGAUGGGUUUGAUCAGGGGGUUGUUAAUGGUGUAAUUAUUGUUUACCCGGAUGAGCCCACAAGUCCACCAAUCAAUAAGGAUUGUGGAGGGAUGAUUUGUGAUUAUGAGUCUGGUACGUGUGUGCCAAGAGGUAGAAUCUGCGAUGGAGUCUUCGACUGCAAAGGGGGAGAGGACGAAACGAAACUGUUGUGUCUGCACAAAGAAGUUGGUGAUGUCACUGACGGAAUAGCAUUAUUUGUCGUGAAACUAGGAUUGUUUGCCGCCAAAGCAAAGGAAGCAAUCACAAGUUCAUUCAAAACAGUUUUUUGCGGGCUGUUCAAAUCACAAAGUUGUAGCCUCCACAUGUAGAUUGUUGGCAGAAGACUUUUAAAUUAGCUGCAUAAUAUGUAUGUGAAUUGUGAGUAUUGAUUUGUUGUGAUUGAAAAACUGUGACAAAUUUUUACAAAAAGGUGUAUAUAACUGCAGUCGGGGUCCACUAUAGAAUGGAGGAAAUAGGAAUGAUGAAUUUAAAGAUAAAUAUAACCAUUAUAGUUAU